GAUGGCGUCGUGGUUCGAUUGGGUGAGGGGGAAACGCGUUGUCGAGCGUGUUCCUACCGAUACGGUUAUCCCGUUAGGUUGGCUGGAUGAUACGAAGACCAAUCGAAGUAUGAUCCUUGAUUUUGCUAUGCUGUUUGAUGAUGUGCUCGAUGAGAAAAAGCUCAUUCACGCGCUGGAGAAGCUGGUAGAAAAGAAAGGGUGGAAACGACUGGGCGGGAGACUCCGACUUAACGCCGAAGGAAAACUUGAAUGUCACAUCCCCCAGGAAUUCUCAACAGAAAGACCAGCCGUUUCGUUCACCCAUGAGAAGCACGCCACGAGGAUUGAUGAGCACCCGCUUGCUUCUAAGCUUCCACGUGCAGAUGGCUCCGUGCAAGUCAGCUCUGGUUUCGAGUUCUUGCGCCCAUUGCUUGUCGCUGAAGGUAGUCCCACCAAAAUCGAGGACUUUUGCUUUGGAGACUAUGCAGCGCUAAACUUGCGCAUUUUAUCUUUCACGGACGCAACUUUGGUGAUUAUAAAGUGGCCACACGUCCUAUUCGAUGCCAUGAGCCAGAAUGCCAUCAUCAAGGCGUGGACAGCAAUACUCGAGGGACGGGAUCAAGAUGUUCCCAACCUGAUGGGCGAACAAAUGUCACCCCUUGUCUCCCUUGGUGCGCGUUUGGACCUGGAUGACGAGCACGAGGAAAGAUACGUGCUCGAGAAGAAGGCAAUAACCAACUCCCAAUUCUACAAGUUCGCCUUCAACAUGAUAUGGGAGUUGACGUUGUACCGCGCCGAGGAAUCUCGCAUGAUCAUGAUUCCCCCUCCAUUCUUCGCGAAGAUCAGAGCAGAAGCAAUGAGAGAUCUCGAGGCGAUGCAGGAUAAGUCCUCGCUGGUCAUGGACACCCGCAACCCUGACAAACCCACACCUUUCCUUUCUGAUGGUGAUAUCUUAGGCGCCUGGAUGCACCGACUCUUUACUUCAUGCCAGCCCUGGGCAUUAACCGCACCCCCCACACGCAUCAUCCAUAUAAUGAACAUGUUCAACAUGAACGAUGUACUGCGAAACACCGAACCCAAAAUCCUAACCAAAGAUGACGCUUUCGUCGGCAACGCCGUCACUGGUGUAAGCACUUUCUUCCAGCUCGACGAAAUCCUUGCCCUUCCUCUCGGACAAGUUGCAGCGCGUCUUCGAUCAGACUUGGCUGCUCAGACUACACGGCCUCAAAUCAACGCGAAUAUGAGACUGUACAGGGCAUCGUAUGCUGCUACUGGACAGCCCCCACUCUUCGGCGAAGGAGCGGACAUGGUAAUCGCGCCUUUCACCAACUGGGACAAAGGAAAAUUCUUCGACGUGGAUUUCAGCGCCGCGGUCGUGAAGGGAGAUGGGGAGACGGCGAGGAAGCACGUUGUGGGUAAGCCAGUCGGGCUUUACACUAUGCCGUCGAUGCAGAUGUUGAGUAUAAGAAACGCGGCGGUUUGUUUGGGCAAAGACCAUGAUGGGAAUUGGUGGUUGGGAGGGACGUAUAGGGAGGAGACGUGGGCGAAUGUGCAGAGGAAGCUGGAGGAAAUGAAGAGAGGGUUAUAUGUAUAG